UCUCCAACCAGAUAGACACCCAAACCAAAAACAAAAACAAAAAGAGGAACCCUCUAUUGAAAUCCCAAAACCCACACCACCGGCCACUUACCCCACACUUCACAUCAUUUCUUUCAUAAAAAAGCUCAAAACCAUCUCUCUUUCAAAGCUCAAAAACUCAAAACACAAACUCAAAACAUAAAAGCUAUGGCUCUGCACAACCUCAACCUCCUCCCCUACUUCCUCCUUCCUCUCAUUUCCCUCCUCUCCAAUCACAUCCCUCCAGCUCAAGCCCUCACUGCACCUUCAGACAUCUCAGCCCUCAAGGCCUUCAAAGCCUCAAUAAAAGCCUCCUCAAUCCCGCCAUGGUCUUGCUUGGCCUCCUGGGACUUCACCACAGACCCAUGCGCCCUCCCUCGCCGAACCCACUUCACUUGCGGAUUAACGUGCUCGCCCGACUCGACCCGGGUCACCCAGAUCACCCUUGACCCGGCUGCUUACUCAGGCACACUCACCCCGCUAAUUUCUCAGCUCACCCAACUCUCCACCCUCGACCUCUCUGAAAACUCCUUCUCCGGCCCCAUCCCAUCUUCCAUUUCCUCUCUCUCCAAGCUCCAGAGUUUAACUCUCCGAUCCAACUCGUUCUCUGGCUCUCUCCCUCCCUCCAUUACCAACCUCAAAUCCCUCGAAUCGUUGGACAUUUCGCACAAUUUCUUAUCUGGGUUCCUCCCAAACGCCAUGAAUUCGCUGCCCAAUUUGAGAAGGCUCGAUCUGAGCUUCAACAAGCUCGCUGGGUCACUUCCAAAACUGCCCCCCAACUUGCUGGAACUCGCUCUAAAGCGCAAUUCUUUAUCCGGUUCGGUUCCAAAAUCGGCUUUUACUGGGUUGACUCAGCUGGAAGUGGUCGAACUCAGUGAAAACUCGUUCUCCGGGACCUUACAAUCCUGGUUCUUUCUCCUCCCCUCGCUCCAACAAGUCGAUUUGGCCAACAACAGCCUGACAGGUGUCGAGAUCCCGAAACCCGCGGGUAAUGGCGGAGGCGGGCUCGUGGCCGUCGAUUUGUGA